AUGGGUUUGAAUGGAGACGCAGGCGCCAAGCGCAAGUGCAGCUCUAUCACCACACCCGCUGAACGGCCCGUAAAGCACCUUCGCCCCGAAUCGACCGCAUUGACACCUGGGGAUUCAACUCCUGCCAAUGGGACUGUAUACGAUGUGGAGGAUGGUGAAGAUGCGGGUCGUCUGCUGCCUGUAGGGCCUGCUCAGGCUAACUCGCCGGAAUGGCAAGCUACCUUAGAGGAGGUUGUGAAGAGCGUCGUGUCUAUCCACUUCUGUCAGACAUGCUCCUUCGACACCGAGCUGUCCAUGAGUAGUCAGGCUACUGGGUUUGUGGUAGAUGCAGAGAAUGGAUACAUAUUGACGAACCGACACGUGGUUUGCCCAGGACCUUUCUGGGGAUACUGUAUCUUUGAUAACCACGAGGAAUGCGACGUUCGUCCUGUGUAUCGGGACCCUGUUCACGACUUUGGAAUUUUGAAAUUCGACCCGAAGGCUAUUCGAUAUAUGAAAUUGAGGGAGCUGAAACUGCAGCCGGAUGCAGCUAAAGUGGGAUCAGAAAUUCGCGUUGUGGGUAAUGAUGCUGGAGAAAAACUGAGUAUUCUGUCUGGUGUCAUUAGUCGGCUGGAUAGAAACGCGCCCGAAUACGGCGAUGGCUACAGUGACUUCAAUACGAAUUACAUCCAGGCCGCCGCAGCAGCUAGCGGUGGAAGUUCCGGCAGUCCUGUAGUUAACAUCGAUGGCCAUGCGAUUGCUCUGCAGGCCGGUGGUCGUGCAGACGGUGCAGCGACGGAUUAUUUCCUCCCUCUGGACCGACCGCUACGUGCACUGGAAUGCAUCCGUCGCGGAGAGCCUGUCACGCGGGGAACGAUUCAGACGCAGUGGAUCUUGAAGCCGUUCGACGAGUGUCGCCGGUUGGGCUUGACGCCUGAGUGGGAGGCGACCGUGCGUAAAGCAGCGCCCACGGAAACCAGCAUGCUGGUGGCCGAGAUCAUCCUGCCCGAAGGCCCGGCGGACGGAAAGCUCGAGGAAGGAGACGUGCUCCUGCAGGUCAACGGGGAGCUUCUCACCCAAUUCAUCCGGUUGGAUGACAUUCUGGAUUCGAGUGUUGGGCAGAAAGUGCAUCUGCUGGUUCAAAGAGGCGGUCAGAAUGUGGAGAUUGAGUGCCAGGUUGGUGACCUGCAUGCCAUCACGCCCGACCGGUUCGUGACGGUGGCUGGAGGCACGUUCCAUAACCUGUCGUAUCAGCAGUCGCGGCUGUAUGCCAUCGCUACUCGCGGUGUCUAUGUCUGCGAGGCUGCCGGCUCCUUCAAACUGGAAAACACCCUGUCAGGAUGGAUCAUCGACUCGGUGGACAAGCGGCCCACGCGCAAUCUGGAUGAGUUCGUAGAGGUGAUGAGAACGAUCCCCGAUCGUUCGCGCGUGGCCAUCUCGUAUCGGCAUAUUCGCGAUCUCCACACUCGAGGCACCAGCAUCGUCUAUAUCGAUCGACACUGGCACCCGAAGAUGCGACUGGCUGUGCGCAACGAAUGUUGUGUUCAAGCUAGGUGA